UUCUAUGCUUCCCAUUCGCACUUUUUGCUUCAGAUUCUCUGCAAUUUUUUAGGGUUACUUCUCAUUUCUGGAUAUUUUUUCUGAUUGAUCUUUCAAUUCCUUCAGAUUUCAAUGGCUGCCAACAACGCCCCCUCUGCCCUAGAAAAAGAACAGAUCUUUGGACUGGCAGAGAAGGAGAUGGAGUACAGGGUAGAUUUGUUUAACAAGCUCACCCAAACAUGUUUUACAAAAUGUAUUGAGAACAGACACAAGGAAUCUGAGUUGAAUAUGGGUGAAAAUAGUUGCAUUGACCGCUGUGUAUCAAAAUACUGGCAGGUGACUAACCUAGUUGGGCAGCUGCUGGGUUCCAAUCGGCCUCCAAUGUGAAAGAUCUUCUUGGCCUGUUCACUAUUAAGAUUCGACAUGUUAUCACAUGCUCUCAUGUAUGAUGAGCCUAAUAACAUGUAUUUUCAUUUUCUGCUCAUGUGGCACAUGAAACAAAAAUAGGAAACUGAAAGUGACCACUAUUAUUUUCAUUCUUGUUUUUAAAUCUUUGCAUGUCCCAUAAAAUCGUUAAUUUUGAAUUGAUUUUAGUGGUUUUAUCGUAAUGAUGUGUACGGAAAAAUCUUUUUUAGUAAGAUUUCUAAAUGUGUUUGGAAGGAACUCAAAGCAAUUUCAUUUUGUAAUCGAGAUUCUAUUGGCAUCAUACCUGGGAGUUGUUCUUGUUACA